AUGCCCCAAGGCCAUGGGACAAGGCUGUCCCGCCCCUCCACAACCAGCAUAAAAGCUGGCCCAGAGCCUCUCUCCCUCACACACUUCUCCUCACACCUUCUUCUCCUGCUGACAACCAGGACCCUCCACACCACACCCAUGGCCUGCAACAACCUCUGCUCCCCCUGCGGACCCACCCCGCUGGCCAACAGCUGCAACGAGCCCUGUGCCCUGCAAUGCCAGGAUUCCCGCGUUUUUAUCCAGCCUUCCCCUGUGCUGGUGACUCUGCCAGGACCCAUCAUGACCUCCUUCCCCCAGAACACCGCCGUCGGAUCCACCUCCUCGGCUGCCGUGGGCACUGAGCUCAGUGUGCAGGGACAGCCCGUCUCGGGUGGAUUUGGUGCCUUUGGCUACGGCCUUGGCUAUGGCCGUGGCUUUGGCUACGGCCUGGGAGGCCUGGGCUGCUACGGCAGAAGGGGCUGCUACACCUGCUAA